AAUUAAAAGAAGCCUUGCAGACGGCCAGGACCCAGGAGAUCAGGAUACCGUUCGGCGUAGGAGUUGCUGGACUGGCUGCUCAGACCAAACACCCCAUCAACAUCAAGAAUGCUUAUGCUGAUCCCAGAUUCAACAGCGAAAUCGAUGCGCGCACAGGCUACAAGACGGAGCUGAUACUGUGCAUGCCCAUCUGCAAUUAUGAGGGUGAAGUGGUGGGCGUGGCGCAGAUUAUCAACAAGACUGAUGGUUCAAAAGAGUUCUCCCCACGCGAUGUCGAAGUCUUCCGCCGGUAUCUCACCUUCUGUGGGAUUGGGAUCCAAAACGCGCAGCUAUUCGAGUCCUCAAUCCUGGAAUACAAGAGGAACCAGAUCCUCUUGGCCCUGGCGAGGAGUAUAUUCGAGGAGCAGAGCAACCUGGAGUGUUUGGUGACCAAGAUCAUGACGGAAGCAAGGGAGUUGCUGAAGUGCGAUCGGUGUGCGGUGUUCAUAUUGGACACUGAUCAUUGUGAAUCGAGUCACUUGGAGAGGAUAGUCCAAAGGCCGGGUGGUAGACCUUCCACGACCUUAGCGCUGCCGCCACCAGCCCCCACCCGGUUCCACACGCUCUUUGAACUAGGAGCUCAGCAGUCCAGAACUACCCUCACUCCUCGGCAUGACUACCGGUCGACACUAGCAUCUAUAGCAUUGAAGAAAAAUAGCCAUGCCUUGACUGGAGCUGGAUUCAACAGCGAAAUCGAUGCGCGCACAGGCUACAAGACGGAGCUGAUACUGUGCAUGCCCAUCUGCAAUUAUGAGGGUGAAGUGGUGGGCGUGGCGCAGAUUAUCAACAAGACUGAUGGUUCAAAAGAGUUCUCCCCACGCGAUGUCGAAGUCUUCCGCCGGUAUCUCACCUUCUGUGGGAUUGGGAUCCAAAACGCGCAGCUAUUCGAGUCCUCAAUCCUGGAAUACAAGAGGAACCAGAUCCUCUUGGCCCUGGCGAGGAGUAUAUUCGAGGAGCAGAGCAACCUGGAGUGUUUGGUGACCAAGAUCAUGACGGAAGCAAGGGAGUUGCUGAAGUGCGAUCGGUGUGCGGUGUUCAUAUUGGACACUGAUCAUUGUGAAUCGAGUCACUUGGAGAGGAUAGUCCAAAGGCCGGGUGGUAGACCUUCCACGACCCUAGCGCUGCCGCCACCAGCCCCCACCCGGUUCCACACGCUCUUUGAACUAGGAGCUCAGCAGUCCAGAACUACCCUCACUCCUCGGCAUGACUACCGGUCGACACUAGCAUCUAUAGCAUUGAAGGUGGCCCAGUCCAACAAGUCCCUGAACAUAACCGACUUAGCUGACUGGAGGAAAGAGAACAAAAUGACGGCGUCCGACCCGGCGGCGGACGACGCUGCCGAAGUCAGGACGAUGCUGUGCAUGCCGAUCGUCAAUGCCAAUAAGGAUGUGAUUGGCGUAGCACAGCUUAUCAAUAAGGAAAAUGGCUCCCAAUUCUCAGACGGUGACAUCUCGAUAUUCGAGGCGUUCGCCAUCUUCUGCGGUCUCGGCAUCCACAACACACAGAUGUACGAAAACGCUUGCAAAUUGAUGGCCAAACAAAAGGUGGCGUUAGAGUGCCUGUCGUACCACGCGACGGCAUCCACCGAAGACACAACCAAGCUCUGCCAAGACAUCAUACCCUCGGCAGAGAUUUACAAUCUUUACAGCUUCCAGUUCCAUGACUUCGAUCUUUCUGAUGAAGACACAUGCAGAGCAACGCUGCGAAUGUUCCUACAGUGUAACUUGGUUGAGAAAUUCCACAUACCUUACGAUGUCUUAUGCAGAUGGAUCCUAAGCGUGAAGAAGAACUACCGACCAGUCAAAUACCACAACUGGAGGCACGCUCUCAACGUCGCACAGACCAUGUUUGCGAUGUUGAAAACGGGCAAAAUGGAAAGGUUCAUGUCAGAUCUAGAAAUCCUGGGACUACUAGUCGCUUGUCUAUGCCACGAUCUGGAUCAUAGAGGAACGAAUAACGCGUUCCAGACAAAAACUGAGAGUCCGCUGGCGAUUUUGUAUACGACGUCCACUAUGGAACAUCAUCAUUUCGAUCAGUGCGUCAUGAUUUUGAAUAGCGAGAGCAAUAAUAUUUUCCAGGCCUUAUCCCCCGAUGACUACAAAGACGUGAUGCGGGUAGUCGAGACCGCGAUCUUAUCAACCGAUCUCGCGAUGUACUUCAAGAAGAAAUCCAAGUUCCUAGAGCUGGUCGACAACGGGGAGUUCGACUGGCAGAGUCAGGAGAAGAAAGAGUUGCUCUGCGGUAUGAUGAUGACAGCGUGCGACGUGUCAGCGAUCGCGAAGCCUUGGGAGGUGCAGCACAAGGUGGCCAAGCUGGUGGCCGAUGAGUUCUUUGACCAGGGAGAUUUGGAGAAGCUUCAGCUAAACCAGCAGCCCAUCGCUAUGAUGGACAGAGAGAAGAAAGACGAGCUUCCACAAAUGCAAGUGGGCUUCAUCGACAUGAUAUGCCUGCCUCUCUACAAGGUUCUCUCAGAUACAUUCCCAUGGAUUCAGCCGCUGUAUACCGGCACCAUGGACAACAGGCAGCGCUGGCAAGACCUGGCUGAGAAGGUGGAGAUGGGGCUGACGUGGAUCGACCAUGAUACUAUUGAUAAACCUAUAGAGGAGUUUACUGCAUCAAACGAACCCAUCAAGGACGUGGAGUUAACAGUGACUACCCUCAACUGCGCCAAGACGGCGGCUGAGAGCAGCAUGGCGCUGGUGAAGCCGAUCAAGACUCCCUUCCAUUCUUUGAGGAGAGGCAAGAGCGGGAACUUCACCUCCAGACCGGCUCGGAGUAAGCUUACCAGAUCCCUCUACGUGGUACCAAGCAGUCAGCGCGAAGGCGAGAGAGAGAGGCCGAUAGUGAAGAAACCGCCGAGUGCGGAGUCCAACCACACGAGCGGCGAAACCGAGACCAAAACGAAGCAUAAGGGCCGCCUCUGUCAUAUGUUGUGACGACUAAGUUUCAACUGGAGUAGCCAGAGCAGUACGGAAAAAGCCGACAAAGUGGACAGAGUAAAGCCGUCCAAAUCGAUCGACUAGUCCGCUCGGACGCUCCUUCACGUCUGUUAAACAUUAGAUACUUGUACAUUUCGACUAUUAGACACUUUUAUAUUAGCUAGAACAACGUGGGAUACCUUUCGUUUCACUUGAACAAAAUUAUUAAAAAUACAUUGAAUAAUGCCAUCCAAAUUGUGGGGUAGAUAGAUGUAACUGUGCCGAUUGCGUCUAAAA